AUGUUCGAGUGCACAAAUUCUGAGUUCAUGGCCCGCCUCGAAAGCUGGGGCCGCGAGUUUGCCUUGAGUAUGGUGGGACGGGUAUGGCCUGCCGCCAUCUACCGGCAGCACAGGUUGCAAGUGGCUUACAUCCAGGAGUAUUUCAAGGCGAGGGCGAACGCCACCGAGGCCGAACUGGGACGCUUGAGGCAGCUGUCGGAGAAGGCGCCCGAUCCUGAAGAUGCACAGGAUCAAGUUCUGCAAGACCUUCGCCAGUUUUUCGACUGCAUCCUCCAGGACCCACAGGUGAAGAUCGUGGAUUUGGCUGGGGGUCCAGGAUGUUGCGCUGCAGGCGCCUGGCGCUUCUUUACUGGCAGCAUGGGGUGCUGCGCUGUCGAGGCAACCGUUGCAGACCCUGUCGAGGAGUGGUCAUGGUGCCACAAGCUGCUGGGGCUGCAGUUUCGGCCCUGUGCCAGCUUGUCGGAUAUGCUUCUGGAGGACUGCACCUUCACCGCCGAUGUCGUCCUUCUCGGCUGGGCCAUGAACUUCGCUUCGGCGAGCUUCUUUGAUCGUCUUCGGAUGGCCUUCAACCAGCGUUCGACUUUUCUGCCGGGAUCGAGGUCUCAGGCGCUGGUCAUCGUCAUGGACAGGCGUCUUGACCACCUUUCCUUCAAGGACAAGCGCGAAAAGGAGCUGCAGAAGCCUGGAGUCUUCCAGAAGGAUUACGGUGCCAACGUGUGCUAUUCCUGGGUGUUGAGAAGCCCACCACCUCUUGCCUCCUGA